AUGCCACCAUCACUCUUAUAUCACUCAUCGAACCCUACCCUCUACCCGACCAAUACCGAUAAUACAUUAUUGGUAAUUCGAUUCAAUGGUCCUGUCAGGAUCAGUAAUAUACGAUUCACACCUGAGGGUGUGGAAGGUAUAUCUGGCACAAUAGGUACCACAUACCCAUCGUCAUGGACAGGUCAAAUUUUAUUGAACAUAUCACCUUCGAAUCCAAUCAACGCCUUAACUUCGACCACCAUCAAAGUGAUACCGUCUGGAAAUCCAUUAGAUUGUCCUAUAAAUAUGCCCGUUGGGGUCACAACAAGAAUGAUGAUGCUACAUUCUCCUGUGAAAAGACUGACGAUAUCGAUAUAUGGUUAUUCGGGUGAUGAGCUACCGAUCGAGCACCCGGACUUGACAGGGAGCUCAGAAGUCUCUCUGAAUGAAGGGAAUAAAGUCGAAAAGGAGAAUUAUGAUUGGUUAUGGAAAUGGACAGGUGGAGAUCUUUCGUCAUCGUCGAUAUCAUCAUUGUCCGAUUUGCUGGAAUCAGAAGAGAGCAUCCCUCAAAUGGUGUUGGAUCGAUCAAUCGAAUGUUUAAGCUUCUUAGAUGAGAUCCAACCUAUAUUACCUGAAAUGAUCAAUAAUCAUCCUAAAAUAGUUCAACUUAUCUUGUUGGAUCAGCAAUCGCCCUCACCCUCAUCCUUAUUAACCCAACCUCAACCUCAACCUCAAUCUCAAUCUCAACAUCAACAUCAACAUCAACAUCAACAUCAACAUCAACAUCAACAUCAACCUCAAAUCACUUCUCUCAAAGACAAGAUACUAUCGAAUCCGGAAUACGCAUUACAUCCAUCUGUUUCAAAACACUUGGCUUCUGAUCAUCCUUAUUAUCAAUUAGCCACAGCCUCGACUUCCUCAAGACAUCAAAUGGCAUGGAAAAGCCUUUCUUGUCAAUCAUCACAGACAUCAAAUCUGGCUUCAUUAAUCUCGUUGCGAGAUAUAACAGAAGCAGAUCUGUUGACCGCAGGAAAAGACUAUGAGACGAGUAAUCUGAUUAGAUUGAUUGAAUUGGCUAAUUCAUAUUCUGACAAAAACGAUUCAUCUUCCUCGAAAUGUUUGGAACAAGUAUUGGAUAUUUUAAAUCAUCCUUUUGAAGAUACAUUAUUGAAUAAUCGUUUAGCAAGGAUAAUACCCAAAUUGAUGGUUGUAAAUAAUAUGAAAAGUGGAUUUCAACGAACUUUACAACUUCCAUUAUCCUGUUCUAAGGAAAUUGUUAGAUCGUUGAUUGAGAUGUCAUCUCGGGUCAUAAAUGGCAAAUCAGCAUGGACAACAACGAAAUCACUCGCUGAGAGAUAUGCCGACUCGUUGGAUGAUGAUGAUCCUAUGAAACGGAUAUUUUCGUCCAAUCCUGCUUCUGGUGUUGAGGUGGUGUAUGGGGAUAAUGAAGAUGGAAGAAGGAUAGGUAGAUUCUCAAAAGCAUUGGACAUGGAACUGAACUCUUCAUCGUUUUCAACAAGAUCCAAGGUUGACUCAAUGAACUAUUCGAUUAAACCAUCUGAAUUGAUCCAAUUGAUAUCACCUGGAUUAUAUAAUUCACUAUCAACGGCUAAAUCACCUCUGUAUGGGAUCGUAUCGACCGUAUCUCCUGAGAUGGAUCAAGGGGCUAAAGCCUUUGCUGGAAAAGUAUACUCUCACCAUGAAUUCAGAAAAGAUAGAAGUGCAGGUAACGAUCCUUCCAUCCCUGUGGGUCUGGGUAUCAAUGCUAUGGGCAAUGGUAAUGGGAGUGCAAGUGGAAUUGGAUCUAUGAGUGGAUUAGGUGGAAUGGGUGGACUGGGUAUAAGCAAUAUCGGUGGUAGAGCUGCUAGUAGACAUGUUGAUAGCUGGUCUAAAACGUGA